UCUAUUCUUCGCUCGGAUUAAACUAUGAAUUCCGCAUCCAUUUUGAUUCUACUCUUCGCUGUCGAAUUCUCGACUCAAGAACUUCUUACCACUUUGAAGACUGCCACAGACCUCACUCCGGAGACUGUAGUAAUCUACGAAUUGCAACCCUCCUCGUCCGUUUACCCCGAUCACCAUCGAUAUCUGUACGCUGGCGACGGAUACGGACAUCAUGGAGGUCACGGCCAUGGUCACCGGCACCUCGAGGGACACGGUCAGGGUCACCGGCACCACGAAGGACACGGUCAGGGUCACCGGCACCACGAAGGACACGGUCAGGGUCACCGGCACCACGAAGGACACGGUCAGGGUCACCGGCACCACGAGGGACACGGCCAGAGUCACCAGCAUCACGGUGGUCACGGCCAGGGUCAUCGGCACCACGCGGUAAAUCACGGAAAAUGGCACAAAGAAGGGGGUCAUCGACACGAUGACGGAGGAGGACGCCACUUCGACAAGUACGGUCGGGCAUCGGGAGGGCGUCACCACUCGGGUCACGACGUCCGCAGUUAUCAUGACAAGAAACACUGGGGAGGACACGGAGGAAAGAAGCAGAAGGCCGGAAGCCAUUAUUAUCGAGACAAGGGCCACAAACGACACGGCUUCAAGAACGUGUACCACAAAGAAGAAUACGCCGACCACAAAUCUUACCACGAUAUCUUUCGAGACAAAGAUUAUCACAAAAAGUACAAAGACAACCACGGCCACUGGGAUAUGCACGGGGCUAAGUACCACAAGUUGCGCGACGCCAAAGACUAUCACGAUAAGAAACACUACGGAGACGAGUACCACAAGUACGGGCGCGAAAAGUACCACCGACACCGAGGAGACGGAUACAAGAAGGGAGGAAAAUACUACGACGAGAAGCACGGACACCGAGAACACCAGACGUCACACCACCGGGGAGGACACCACAAAGGAGGUCAUCACAAAGGACACGGGACCAAACCCUACGGAGACAAAUGGCACGCCGGUAGCGACAAAGUGUUCGCCUUCUCGCAAGGAUUCGGCCAAUUCGCCAGGGCCAUCGAGGGCAUGGGCAAAAAGCAAUGAAGUAAACCCCGCCGUUUUCCAACUCUCUCCAACCGGUCGACUUCCGGCAGAAUAAUCGGAAGUAAAACGCGCGAAACCGGAAAUGCCUUCCGCAAAACGGGCAAAAUUAUUGUACAUAGGUAGGUCGAAUAACCCAGUAAUAAUUAUCGAAGCGGCACGUUUCGACGACCUCUCUCAGUUUAUCUUAGUAAUUGUACCAAAUAGUUUUAUUAAAGUUUUUUUAUAUUUAA